AUGGCCGAAGACAAUCCAGAACUGCAGCAUGCGUUGCGGGAGCUUGACAGAGAACUCGAGGAAGGAGACAUUACUGAGAAGGGAUAUCAGAAGCGUCGCACCCUACUAUUCUCACAGUUUCUCGGACCGGGUACCAAUGGAGUCCAGGCGCCGAGCGUUACUAUUCAAGGUCCCGGAGGUCAGACCGAAGACUACUCAGGAAGGUACCCAGAUGUCGGGAGUGAUAGCUCCUCAGGUAUUGCUAGACAGAGAACGCCGUCACUUCAACUUCCCAAUCGCGCAGCGUCCAGGGCGUCGGUAGAUUCUCUUUUCCUCCCAAAAGCGGGCCAGAGCAAUACCCUAGACGUCAACCAUGAAGACUCGAGAACAGCAACGUUGAUGAGCCAAAGCUAUGCCUUCAAUCCCAAAGAUCAGUAUGACCAUACAAGUCAAACAGCAGCUCCCUAUGAUCCCGGUGUCUAUGAUCCCGACGGAGGUCCAGCCCGUCAGUCGACAUUGCUUGAUUCGCAAGCCUACUUUCAGGAUUUCGCCGGCCAUCAGAACGAAGAUUACAGGAAUAGCUAUGGAGGCGGGUAUCAUCGUUAUUCGCAGUCCGAUGCAUUCUCCCCGACAGCGAAUAUGGCGCCUCCGUUGAUGCCGGCGUCGGAAAUAGCACCGGGAAACAUGCUCGGUCAUCUUCUACCUCUAGAGCCGCGAGAUAUUCCUUUUUCGGUGUACGACCCGCAUGAUCCCAGUACAAUGAUGUCCAAGUUCGAUAAUUUACCUGCGGUUCUCAGAUAUCGCGCCAAGACACAAUCAAAACAACCGGCCUACUGGGUCUUAGAUCAGAAAGGAAAAGAGAUUGCGUCCAUCACAUGGGAUAAAUUAGCCAGUCGAGCGGAAAAGGUUGCCCAAAUCAUACGUGAUAAAAGCAGUUUAUACCGCGGCGAUCGUGUGGCAUUAAUCUACCGUGAUACUGAAGUAAUCGAAUUUGCUGUGGCUUUGAUGGGUUGUUUCAUCGCGGGAGUGGUGGCUGUCCCCAUCAAUAAUGUAGAUGAUUAUGCAAGCCUUAAUGUCAUCCUCACGUCAACGCAAGCCCAUCUUGCAUUGACUACAGAGAACAAUUUGAAGAACUUCCAACGGGAUAUCACAACUCAGAAGCUGCAAUGGCCAAGAGGUGUUGAAUGGUGGAAGACAAACGAAUUCGGAAGCUACCACCCCAAGAAAAAGGAUGAGGUCCCGCCUUUGAUUGUCCCUGACCUUGCUUAUAUUGAGUUCUCACGAGCGCCCACUGGAGACUUGCGCGGCGUUGUCAUGAGCCAUCGGACAAUUAUGCACCAGAUGGCCUGCCUCAGUGCCAUCUUGGCUACCGUGCCUGGCUCUAAAUCUGGUGCACAACAGCAAGCCAGAGUUUUGAGCGGUAGUCACAGCGAGAUUUUGUUUAGUUAUCUCGACCCAAGACAAAGCAUUGGUAUGAUCUUGGGUGUCUUAUUGACUGUUUACGGUGGGCACACGACAGUGUGCUUAGAGGCUCAAGCAGUAGAGACACCCGGUCUUUAUGCUCAUCUUAUCACAAAGUAUAGGGCUACUGUGAUGGCCGCCGACUAUCCUGGCUUGAAGCGCGUGGCAUACAAUUAUCAGCAAGAGCCGCUAAUCACCCGGCACUUCAAGAAAAACGUGGAGCCUAACUUCUCAAGUGUGAAGCUUUGUCUAAUUGACACACUCACAGUCGAUUCCGAGUUUCAUGAGAUUCUAGCAGAUAGAUGGCUGCGACCUAUGCGAAAUCCGCGUGCGCGAGAGAUAGUCGCUCCAAUGCUAUGUCUGCCUGAGCACGGAGGCAUGGUAAUCAGCGUCCGAGACUGGUUAGGGGGCGAGGAGAGAAUGGGAUGUCCUUUGACUCAUCCUCUGGAUCCGCAAGAGCCAGAGCAGACAGAAGCCGAGACAAAAAAGACAGAAAAUAAUGACGGGUUCGGUAGCAGUUUAAUUGGUGGCACUCCAGUGACUGCCCCUAAGAAGAAAGCCACAAACGAUCUGGCAGAGGUUCUGCUUGAUAAGGAAGCGCUGAAAUCUAACGAAGUUGUUGUAUUAGCCAUGGGAGAACAGGCUAGGAAGCUUGCCGAAACACGUCCGAACAGUGUCCUUGUGGGUGCAUUUGGAUAUCCAUUACCUGACGCGACUCUCGCAAUCGUUGAUCCUGAAACUAAUUUACUAUGCACUCCAAAUGUGGUUGGAGAGAUUUGGGUGGACUCGCCGUCUUUGUCUGGUGGCUUCUGGGCGUUGCCGAAACAUACAGAGACUAUCUUCCACGCUCGCCCUUAUAAGUUCGAGGUCGGAAACCCUACUCCUGUCCUAGUAGAACCGGAGUUCCUUCGAACUGGUCUUCUAGGUUGCGUUAUUGAAGGCAAGAUAUUUGUCCUUGGUCUAUAUGAAGACAGGCUCAGGCAGAAGGUUGAAUGGGUGGAGCAUGGUCAAGAAAUUGUUGAGCAUCGUUACUUCUUCGUGCAGCAUUUGAUCAUCAGUAUCAUGAGAAAUGUGCCAAAGGUCAAUGAUUGCUCUGCGUUUGAUGUCUUUGUCAACGACGAACAUUUGCCUAUUGUUGUUUUGGAAUCAUAUACCGCUUCCACUGCACCGACAACUUCUGGGGGCCCGCCGCGACAGUUAGAUGUGGCCCUCCUUGAAUCACUGGCGGAGCGUUGCAUCGAAGUUCUCUACCAGGAACACCAUCUUCGUGUCUACUGUGUUAUGAUUACUGCCCCAAACACUCUCCCUCGCGUAACUAAGAAUGGCAGACGAGAGAUUGGAAACAUGCUUUGUCGGAAAGAUUUUGAUAACGGCACUCUUCCCUGUGUGCAUGUCAAGUUUGGAGCUGAACGCGCAGUGAUGAAUCUUCCACUCGGUGUGGACCCUGUUGGAGGUAUGUGGUCACCAUUGUCAUCAAACUCCAGGCAAGAGAUUCUAGCCAUGGAAGAGAAACAAUACUCAGGAGUGGACUAUCGCGACAUUGUUAUGGACGAUAGGACGUCCACUCCACUGAAUAAUUUUACAAAUAUUGUCGAUUUGGUCCAAUGGCGAGUCACGCGGCAAGCAGAGGAACUGUGUUACUGCUCCAUUGACGGUCGAGGCAAAGAAAGCAAAGGAGUUACAUGGAAAAAGUUUGACACCAAAAUAGCUGCUGUGGCUUCAUACCUCAAGAACAAAGUCAAAGUCAAGCCUGGCGAUCACUUGGUGCUGAUGUAUACUCAUUCAGAGGAGUAUGUUUUUGCAAUCCAUGCUUGUCUCUGUCUCGGCGCAAUCGCAAUUCCUAUGGCCCCGAUUGAUCAGAAUCGACUACCAGAAGAUGCGCCGGCUUUCCUCCACGUCAUUUCAGACUUUAAAGUCAAGGCAAUCCUUGUGAACACUGACGUCGACCACGUCAUGAAGCAGAAGCUUGUUUCUCAACACAUCAAGCAGUCUGCGCAAGUUCUCCGUAUCGGAGUUCCCGCUAUCUACAAUACUACUAAACCACCGAAGCAGUCACACGGCUGCCGCGAUCUUGGAUUUACUAUGAAUAAAGCAUGGCUACAGGCGAACCAUCCUGCUGUUAUUUGGACUCACUGGACGGCGGAUCAGAGACGCAUCUCAGUACAGCUGAAUCAUGACACAUUGAUGGCAAUGUGUAAAGUACAGAAAGAGACAUGCCAAAUGACUAGCGCAAGGCCAGUUCUGGGAAGUGUGCGAAGUACUGUUGGUUUGGGCUUCUUGCAUACUUGUCUGCUCGGAGUUUAUGUUGGUGCUCCGACGUAUCUAGUAUCGCCGGUGGAUUUUGCACAAAACCCCGCAUCGUUAUUUGUCGCAUUAGCGCGAUAUAAGAUCAAGGAUACGUAUGCUACGGGUCAGAUGUUGGAAUAUGCUAUGAGCGCUAUGGCUGGAAAGGGAUUCCAGCUUCAAGAGUUGAAGAAUUUGAUGAUUGCCACAGAUGGCAGGCCAAAGGUUGAUAUGUACCAAAAAGUUCGACUACACUUUGCGGCUGCCGCCUUGGACCGAACGGCAAUCAAUACGAUAUACUCUCACGUCCUCAAUCCAAUGGUUGCUUCCAGAUCCUACAUGUGCAUUGAGCCUAUCGAGUUAUGGCUCGACUUGCGUGCACUUCGUCGGGGUUUGGUAUACCCUGUAGAUCCAGAUGUUGACCCAACUGCCCUCCGUCUGCAAGAUUCUGGGAUGGUUCCAGUUAACACGCAACUUGCAAUCGUGAACCCAGAAACUUGCACUUUGUGUCGUGUGGGUGAGUACGGCGAGAUUUGGAUCCAAUCCGACGCAUGCGCAAAAGCCUUUUACGGCAGCAAACAGGAAUUUGACCUUGAGCGUUUUAAUGGCCGGGUUUUCGAUGGCGACACUUCUGUACAGUAUGUGCGUACCGGUGACCUCGGUUUCCUUCACACAGUGACCCGGCCAAUUGGUCCAGGCGGCCAGCCGGUCGAGAUGCAAGUUUUGUUUGUUCUUGGCGGUAUUGGAGAAACGUUUGAGAUUAAUGGGCUGAAUCACUUCCCGGUUGAUAUCGAGUCGUCUGUGGAGAAAUGCCAUCGCAAUAUUGUUCCGGGCGGUUGUGCGGUCUUCCAAGCUGGUGGUCUAGUCGUUGUACUCGUCGAAGUGACUAGAAAGUCUUAUCUCGCCUCUUUGGUCCCUGUUAUCGUCAACGCCGUGCUUAAUGAUCACCAAAUCGUUGUAGACAUCGUAGCUUUCGUCUCCUAUGGCGACUUUCCACGAUCUCGGCUUGGAGAGAAGCAACGUGGAAAGAUUCUUGGCUCAUGGGUGACACGAAAGAUGCGCACGAUCGCUCAGUUCAGCAUUCGCGAUGCUGACGGAGCUGAACCUCAAAUGCUCCAGAGCCGCAUGAGCAGAGGAUCCAAGACAGGAAGCAGCAGUCUUCGACGAUCGACGCUUGUUCCUGACAGCGAUUCUAGCACACGUGCUGCUCCAGCGCCGGGACAAGAAAGACGUGAACUUGUGGAUGAACCGUACACAAUGCAGGAAGAUGAGGAGGAAAAGCACUACCAAGAUCUACUAAACGAUCCUACUUAUAGAGCAAGUAACGAUGGAUCCCGCGGAAUCCAAGAACAAUCAGCCCCUCAACCUUUAGCUCUUGACACGCACCACGGCUAUGGAGGGGAGAAGAACCCGACGCCAGUCUUGAGUCCUGAUGCUGGUUUCGAUUUUGGAGACAGUUUCGGUCAGACAGGGUAUAAUGAAGGCUAUCAGGUUCAUGAAGCCUCUCCACCAAGAAAUGUACCAUCCGUCGCAAUAGCGCCUCCGUCAACAUCUGGAUCUCAAGACUCGAGAGUUUCGCAUGCCAGCCCUUCGCGUGGUCCGACAAACGAUAGAGAUAUUUUACCCAGCCGACAACAACAAUAUGGCAGAUCUCCACAAGUCACAAGUCCGAUCGAGAAUCAAUCCUCCCGUCGACCAAUCUCUGCCGAGGAUUGGCCACAAGAGGCGCUUCUCUAUCAGUCUCAUUAUGAUGCACAAGGCCCGAAUGGACAUCCUGGAAGGGAUUCAAGCAACUUUAAUGCUUUCUAG